UGUGAAUAUUCAAGACAGCCUUCUAAAUGGGUAUUACAGGUUUACUGCCAUUUUUAGAAAAUGCUACAAGACCUUGCCACAUUUCUGAAUGUAGAGGUGCCACUGUAGCCAUCGAUACAUAUUGUUGGCUACACAAAGGCGCUAAUGCAUGUGCUGUCCAACUAGCUCGUGGUGAAGACAGUCAAGUGUAUGUUAAUUACUGUAUGAAGUACAUAAAAAUGUUACAACAUUAUAAUAUUCGGCCAAUUUUGGUUUUCGAUGGUAAAAACUUACCCGCAAAAGCUGAUACAGAGGCCAAAAGAAGAGAAUCACGUAACAAAGCGAAACAAAGAGCAGCAGAAUUACUGCGUUUGGGCAAAGCGGAUGAGGCUCGUACUUAUUUAAAGCAAAGUAUAAAUAUAACUCCAGAUAUGGCCUCUGAAGUAAUAAAAGAAUGUCAUAAAAUUAAUGUAGAUUGUAUAGUGGCUCCUUAUGAAUCUGACGCUCAAUUAGCAUUUUUUAGUUUGAAAGGUAUAGCAGAAUUUGUGAUAACAGAAGAUUCCGAUCUAGUAUUAUUUGGUUGUUCUAAGAUUAUUUUUAAGUUAGAUCUACAAGGUUGUGGAUCUCUUGUUGAAGCUGAUAAAAUACCUACAGCUAUGGGUCUACGUCCCGAUAGAUAUUCUUUUGACAAAUUUCGUUACAUGUGCAUUCUUUCUGGAUGCGAUUACAUUGAAUCUUUGCGUGGUAUAGGCUUGAAAAAGGCUUUGAAAUUUAUGUCGUUAACAGAAGAAACGAAUCCGGAAAUAUUUUUGGAUAAAAUUCCGCGGUACUUAAAUAUGCGGCAUUUAAAAAUAACUAAUGAAUAUAAAGAAAAUUUUUUGGUAGCCGAUGCAACAUUUCGGCAUCAAACAGUUUUUGAUCCAUUCAAGAAAAAGCUUGUCCCUCUUGUAGAUCCUGAAAUUACAGGAACAAAACCUGAAUUUUGUAAAAAUGCUGGAGAAAUUUUUGACCAUGAAACAGCUUAUCAAGUUGCUCUUGGUAAUAUUCAUCCAAAUAAUUUUAAACCCCUAGAUAAUUGGUCUCCUGCAAAUGAAACUGGUUCCUCGAAUAGUAUAUGGUCUGGUAUUUAUAAAAAAAGUAUUUCACAUUUUGAGCGAAAGGCACAAUUCAAAGCAUUCUUUACAUCAACUAAGAGUACGAAAACUAACGUUGAAACUAAAAUCGAUGUUGAUGUGGAGCAAAUCAAAAUAGAAGAAGAUUUACGGACAGUUAAAGAAUUAGAAUUUUACACAAACAAAAAGAAAGAAGUCGACGAUAUUACGAUUAACACAACGGAGGAAAACGUUAACGAUGACUCUCCUAAGAAAGAUGCCUCACCAGUAUUAAAGCGAAAUCCUUUCAUUAAGAAAAAACUGAGCAAAUUUCACUGUACUAAUAGCGAUAGUCAAAUUAUUGUAAAAAGUAGAUAUUUCAGUAAUGACUCUGAUAAUUUGGAAGAAAUAAAUAACACAGAUGAAAUUCAAGACGAUAUCAGACGUAAUGGAAUAGAAGUAAAAAUGGAAACUGAUACUGAUACUGUUUGUGAAAUUAUUGAGAAAAAAGAAAUUACAGUAAAUUUCCUCGCCGAAGUUGAAAAAGAAACAAUAUGUGAAGAUGUAAUCGAAGUAGAAACAGAGAAAACUGAUAUUAAUUAUGAUAUGGAAAUUGAACAAUGCCACGAAAUUUCUCCAAAAAAGAAUAUUACCAAUGUUGAAAACAAUCAAAAACGAAAAGUGAUUGGACCUUGUCGAACAAUAGGGCUGAAAAGGACUAAGUCUGAUAGUGGAACACAACAGACACUCCAUCAGCUUUUUGCAAAAUGGAGGAAGAAAUAACUGUGAUAAAGCAUGUAUGUAUUUUAUUGUGUAAGUUUUUGAUAUUUUUGUA